AUGGUCCGGCCUAUCGCUGUCAUGCGCGAGACAUGGAACAUCUACACUCCUGUCGAACGACGGAACAUCGGCAUCUACAUCGCCGGCAUCAUGAUGUACAAGUUCGGCCUCGAGGCAUUCAACGGAUCUGUCAUUGCGCUUGCGACUAAUCGAUACGAUGAACUCGAGAAGAAAACGCACAUCUCCAUUACUUUUCAACGUGUCGGCGUCUUGACUGGACUGAAUCAAGCCUUUCAGUGUGUUGGAUCUAUACUGAUCGCGCCACUCAUCAAAAGAUAUCCGACGAAGAACGUUCUGGCAUGUGCAGUGCUUAUAUUCGCCUUCAUGAGCAGCGUCUUGCUCAUCUUAGACGCUGCAACUGGCGGCAAGUUCGCACCGCGCGGAUGGGCAAAGGAUGACUUCAGCUACUACGGUGACUAUGAUACCGACGCCAUGAUCCCCAUCUUCUACGGCAUGGUCGAAUUGAUCCGGCGAGUCAUUCCGCGCGACUUGGUUGGCGGCAACAUCCAAAAGCUUCGACGUAUGGACUCUCUGGUCCAUAUCUUCUACGAGAUCAGCGGCACUGCUGGUGCCUUUUGCACAGCACUUGCGCUCAUUCCCCGGUUCGGCAACAACUUCAGCUUCAUUAUCACGCCCAUAUUCUUCGCCGCCGCAUCCAUACUCUGGUACUUCAUUGAGGAAGCCAGCAUACCGAAGGAAGGCAGAUCUCUGAUCUUGGAGAGUCAGCCAACCUAUGUCAAGGCCGUGAUAGGCGGAUUCUACCUCUUCUUCGAGUCCGUUGGAACCGGUGCUAAGAUCAUCUUCAAACACCGCAAGUUUAUCUGGCUGUUACCCGGAUAUGCUGUCGCGCUUUAUGCGCACCGAUACCUCGAGAACGCAAUCGCUCCUGCCGUAGCACGCCGCUAUUUCGGAAACUCGGCAUGGUCACAGAUCAUAGUGGGAGGCUCAAACUUCGGCGAACUGCUAGGAGCGCUGUUUGUAUUCAUGUUCACGAACUUGGUGCACACUCCGAUACCAUGGCUUCGGCUAGACGCCCUGGCUCUCCUGAUAGUCUGGUAUCUACCUUUCUGGAACCCACCCAAGAACGACGUGGCUCAAGCUUGGAUCGUGGGAGCGACGUUCCUCCCCAUCAGUUUCGGGUGGGCUGCCGGCGACGUAUCGCUCGCUGCAUACAUUCAGGCAUCACUAGCGCGCAUCGAGUCGAAGACUCAGAACGUAUCUGCACUCGGUGCCGUCAUGGCGUUCCUCUACAGCACAUACAUCGUCACGUACGCGAUCGCAUCCGUUUCCCUCGGGACCUACAUCGACCGCGUUUCCGAUCGCCACAACGAACAGAUACACGGGGCUGUGUUGAACGUGGCUGCUGUACAGUUCACCAUCAUCAGUGUGCUGGUCUUGACGAGUACCUUUGUGCCGAAAGGCGCCUUUGCACUAAAUCCCAAGAUGCUCAGUGAGGAGGACUUGGAUACCGAUCUGGAGGACGAGGAUCUGGAGUAUGUGCCCGGAGUUCAGGUCAAAGGCAAGCGAAGCUACGAAAGCCACGAGAUGACCAGUAGAACGAACAGCUUGGAUUAG